UCGAACUUACACCAAAUUAACUGCUGUUACCGAAGCCCAUGUAGCGAGCGACUGCCGUCAACUAUAUCAUACAUUAAUAGUAUUGUAUUGUCAGGUUAUUGUGGCAACCGAUUUUACUUGGGAGAAUGAUUGUCCUAGCUGUGCGCGCGAUUGAUUACUUCUCUACGUUUUUCUAACACUUCUAUUUUUUAUACAGCUAUAUUAUACGUUUAAUCUAUUACUAUUUAUCACCCCUUUUAGAAAUACUUAAUUUUAAUUACGUUCUUUAUAUAAUUAUUAUUGGCCGUUUUUUAGUGAUAAACGUCAUUAAACUAUUAUAAUAUUUUAUUAUUUUAAGAUAAAAUUGGUUUGAAAUUACAUUGGAAUUAUAAUGUAAAAAAAUACGGCAUGUUUUUCGAUAGCUGUUGAGUGUCUUCUCAAUCAUUUUCUUUGUCGAAUGAAAAAAAAGAUGGGGCUUUUAAAUUUUAUCGGAGUUGUCAUGGUGUUAAAAUUCCUCGUAUAUUUCGUGUUGUUUUUUACUGGUGACUGUGACUUGGUAUUGUGGUGGUACAACAAGUUCAAUAAGAAUCUCGAUACAUUUAAAGGAAAAGUUGUUUGGAUUACUGGUGCUUCCAAAGGGAUUGGUGAACAAAUUGCAUUAAAUCUUUCUAAACAUGGUACUAAACUUGUUUUAUCAGCCAGAAGUAAGGAUAAAUUAUAUCAAGUUAAAAAUCGCUGUAUUGAAAUAAGCGAAGGCAUGUUAACUGCUAAUGAUGUACUGGUUUUACCAAUGGAUGUCACACAUUUAUCAAAACAUAUUUCUUUGUUUGACAACGUCAUCAACUAUUUUGGCAAAUUGGAUAUUCUCAUAAAUAAUGCGGGUCGUUCGCAACGUGCUGUUUGGGAAGACAUUGAAAUUGGAGUUGACCGUGAAAUUUUUGAUUUAAAUGUUUUUCCUAUAGUAAAUUUAUCAAGAAUUGCAGUAAACUAUUUUAACAGUAUUGGACAUGGUCAAAUAGUAACUACUUCUAGUAUAGCAGGAAUUAUAUCUGCACCAAAUUCUGCUUCUUAUAAUGCUACUAAAUAUUCACUUCACGGCUAUUUUGGAACUUUAUGUCAAGAAAAAGUGAACACUCAAAUUCAUGUUACUCUUUUGUGUCCGGGUCCAGUUUUUAGUAACUUUCUUGAAGAUAGCUUUACCGCCCAUUCUGGAGAAAAAUAUGGAAUCACUCAAUCAUCGACAGAUAACAGAAUGAGUACUGAAAGAUGUGCACAUUUGUCAUGUGUAGCAAUUGCAAAUAAAUUAAGAGAAUCAUGGAUGGCAAAAUUUCCUAUUAUUCCCAUUGUAUAUUUUUCAUUAUAUUAUCCUGUACUUUCAUACAAAUUGUAUGAACUCUACGGCUACAAACUCGCUCAAAAGUUGCGGGACAGUUAAAAUAUUUGAAUUUAAGAUCUUAAGAGAUAAUGAAAUAAUAUCAAUGUAUUUUAUCUGAAUUAAUGUUA